AUGCCGUCCGAUGAAGCCGGUGAAGAGCCGGUCGCUGGCGCUACCGCUGCUGCUAACGAUUUUGCUGUUUCUGAGACUAAGUGUGUCGUUGGCCAAAAACCUACCGAGCCAGCGCCUGGUGUCAAAUCACCAUCAAUGGAAGCUACUUCCGCUCUCGAGAAGCGAAUCCUGAUGAGAGACUUGACAUUCGAUCAAUCUCAUUAA